GCAACGGCCCCGGUCUGACCCUCCUCAGCCAUGAGAAAAUCGAAUCAGUGCACCCUUCUCCCAGGCGCUUAUAGCAUCAGCAGCGCAACGCCAAGGGGGCCUUCCUCCCUGCCUGUUAUUUACCUGCUGUCUCCCGUCUCGGGAUCCCUGGCUUUGCAAAAGUGCCUCCGGGAGGAGGGAAGAAACGACUGCCACCCAGCCCCCUCGCUGCCCCGGGGCUUCAGGCCUGAUUGUGAGUCCUGAGAUGGCUAACAGGGGCCCGAGCUACGGCUUAAGCCGAGAGGUGCAGGAGAAGAUCGAGCAGAAGUACGACGCGGACCUGGAGAACAAGCUGGUGGACUGGAUCAUCCUGCAGUGCGCCGAGGACAUAGAGCACCCGCCCCCGGGCAGGGCCCAUUUUCAGAAAUGGUUGAUGGACGGAACGGUCUUGUGCAAGCUGAUAAACAGUUUAUACCCACCAGGACAAGAGCCCAUUCCCAAGAUCUCAGAGUCCAAGAUGGCUUUUAAGCAGAUGGAACAGAUCUCCCAGUUCCUAAAAGCUGCGGAGAUCUAUGGCGUCAGGACCACCGACAUUUUUCAGACCGUGGAUCUAUGGGAAGGAAAGGACAUGGCGGCCGUGCAGAGGACCCUGAUGGCUCUGGGCAGCGUCGCCGUCACCAAGGAUGACGGCUGUUACCGGGGAGAGCCGUCCUGGUUUCACAGGAAAGCCCAGCAGAAUCGGAGAGGAUUUUCCGAGGAGCAGCUUCGCCAGGGACAGAACGUAAUAGGCCUCCAGAUGGGCAGCAACAAGGGGGCCUCCCAGGCAGGCAUGACCGGGUACGGGAUGCCCAGGCAGAUCAUGUGAGACGCCGUGCUCACAGCCUGCAGAGGAUGGAAGUGCCGCGUCGUGGUCUCCAUGGUAAAGACGUAGUUAGUCACCUGACCCUCUCUUCUCAAAGCCUCCUGCCCCUGGUUUCUGCAAGUGCUGCAUUUCUGCUGCGAAUCCACGUUGCCUACUGCUGCCGCCUCCUGUUCAUUUAGAACUAUGCAAAGACUCCGCUUCCUCUUCCUCAGCUCCUUUGCCCUAGA